AUGACUGACUAAGAAAAGAGCAGUGAUGUUAGACUUAUCUAGGAUGGUUUAAAAAAUGUCUAAAAACAAAAGACUGGAUUAAAAUAGAUCAAUCUUGAUAAUCUAGUGUACAAUAAGCGGGAACGUAAGCAAACUGGCGGUCCAAGUAUUUAGUACUUUUUAAAGUCUUAGCAAUUCAACCUAUUCCAUAAAUUUAAUAGAAAAAAGUCAUUUAGAAUAAGCAAAGUUAUAAAAAGAAGAAUGUUGAACUGUAGACUCCUCCUCGUGAAGAAGUUCAGCAAGUUCAAGAACCAACUUUGAUCAAAUAAUAAACAAUAUCAUGCCAAUAAUUGGUCUUUGAAUCUGAUAACUCAUCAGAUUUUGAUCCAAAAAUAAAAGCCAAGAAGUCCAAAAAGUUUAAAAGAACACAUAAACGUUUAGAUAUUGAAGAUUCAUCAGAUGAAGAAUAAUAUAAAAGAAGACUUAUAUUGAAAAGAGUAAAUAAAAUAUUCAAGAAAUCUUAUGAAUAAAAAUAGAUCUUAGCUUAAGGAAGUGAAUAAGAAAAUCUUGUAAAAGAACUAUUCAAAAAUGUUUAUGUAAAGAUAUUUUAAGGUAUUAUAUGAUCAUAUCUUAUAGACAUUCCCAUAUCUGCAGCAGAACUUAAAUAAUUAUCAAAUCCAAAUCCAGAAUAUUCAACUGGAUAAAUAAGUGAAGGCAAAUAAUAGGAUGAUGAGAUGAAACCAGAAGAAGAGUAAAUUCGUAUUCUAACAGAAGAUGGAACAGAUUUUGAAACCAAAAGAAAUUUAAAAUUAUUAGGAAUUGAAAAUUAAGAAAUUCUAUCUAAAUUGGGGGAAGUUAAGUCUUAUAUUAAUUGUGAUAUAAGAUAUUUUAAUUUAGACUUUUUAGUUGAAAAAGUGGGUGGAUUUGAUGGUAUUCAAUAUUAAUAUUCUAUUAAGUUGUUUUGAUGGAUCCACCUUGGAGAAUUAAAGGAGGUUAAUAGAAUGAUUCAUCAUUUAUGUUUACUAAUAGUAAAUUCUCACUUGAUUACAAUACAAUGAGUAAUUAAGAGAUUAUGGAUAUUAAAAUUGAGAAAUUGAGUAAGAAAGGAUUUUUGUUUCUUUGGAUUUUAAAUACAUAAUUAAAUAUAGCAUAUGAAAUGGCUAGUAAAUGGGGAUAUGAGAUUGUAGAUCAAAUUAUUUGGGUUAAAUUAAAUCCUUAAGGGAAUAAUGUGUAUCUUUCUACAGGAUAUUAUUUUAUGCAUUCUUUUGAAAUAUGUUUAGUUGGGUAUUAUAUUAUGGAAUAUUUAAUAGAUAUAAAUGUCCUCCAGGUGAACAUGUAGAAUAUCAUUCUAAAAUAUCUAAUAAUAUAAUUUUCAGUCCAGUAAGAAAUAAAUCAUAGAAACCUAUAGAGAUGUAUGAAAUCAUAGAAUUAAUGAUGCCUGGAGCUAAAAAAGUUGAAAUAUUUGCUAGAAACAAUAAUCUUAGACAUGGAUGGUUUUCUAUAGGUAAUUAAUUGGGAGAAACAUAUUAAAAAUGGUUAGUUUAAAUAAGUUGCAAUAUAUGUAGUAUUGCAUUGUAACCUGGAAUAUGUAGAUACAAAUCUAAAAAGAUAGCUAAUUUUGAUAUUUGUUAAGAAUGUUAUAAUAAAAAGAUAAGUGAAGGAGAAUUAAAUGAGAAUGAAAUGUUCUUUUUAGCUAAUAAGGCUGAAGAAGAAGUGUUACAUUAAUAUCAUUAAUGUAAUAGAUGUGAUUAAAAUCCUAUUUGGGGUCCAAGAUUUGAAUGUAUAACAUGUGAUAAUUAUGAUUGUUGUGAAGCAUGUUUUGAUAUUUUACUUUAAUCAGGAGAUUCAACUCAUAAGGAUCAUGAUUUUAAGGUUAUUGAAUUACCUACUUUUGCUGAAGGUAUACCAUGUCAUGAUGCAAAAUGUAAUGGAUGUUUUUAGAAACCUAUUUUAGGUGUUUAAUUUAUUUGCAAAUAAUGUACUAAUUUUAGUUUAUGUAAUAAUAUUUAUAUAUUAUGUAGGUUAAAAUUGUUUUUUUUCUAGAUCUUAAUCUGAAUUAAAUGGUCCAAGACAUAAAGCAGAUCAUCGAUUUGAACCAAUAUAUGAAGUGUAGAAUUUCUCUAAGAAAACUUAUAAAUGUUAAGGAUGUGAAUUAGAAAAGGGAGGAUGUGUUUAUAAAUGUGAAAAUUGUUUUGGAUUUUAUUUUUGUGAAGAAUGUUAUGCUUUUAAGAAAGAUGAUUGGAAAUGUUAUGUUGCUACAAGUCAUAAAAAUUAUCAUACAUUUAUAAAGAUAUGA